UUCUGGCCACAGGUCCCCUUUGGUGAGGUGAGCUCAGUUGUGGAUUGGCUGCAGAUCACAGGGGAGGUGGGUCAUCCUCAGGACGAGCAUCCAAAGCGGCGGAUCACAGGACUUGCCUGCACUCAGAAGGAAGUGAGCGGCGCACGUUUCUGGGGCUUCUUCAGGAAGCUGUGUGGUGAACCAGCACUGUUCUUCCAGCACUGCUUUGUGCACAAUCUAUGUCCGCUCAUGUUCCUCGGGGCCAGUGGGAAGAAUCUAACCCCCCCUGAGCUGCCUGCAGGUGAGCGGGAGGCCCUCCUCGCUCUGUGUGACAUUGCUCUGUGCCAGGCAGUGGAGGCUCUGGGUGUCUCCAUGGUGAUCGGGGUUGGGAGGGUGGCAGAGCAGCGAGCGAGGAAAGCCUUGUCAGCAGCAGGGGUUAGGGUCCGAGUCGAGGGCAUUAUGCACCCGUCACCCAGGAACCCUCGAGCCAAUAAGGGCUGGGAGGAAGUAGCCAGAGCCAAGCUGGAAGAACUUGGUGUGUUGUCACUGCUGAACAAGGACAACCUGUGAGCUGACACGGGCCUUAUCAACAGCAGCGCACUACCUCUGAAAAUCAACCAGGAUGGGAGAAGUUUGAGAUAGAGACUUUAGUGUGUGUGAUGUGAUCAAUGGGUUAGUGUUAGAAGGGCAGGAUCACAAUUCCCCUUACAGAUCAGUCUGUAUUUGAGCUGCUCCAAGGAGAUCUCGUCAUACUAUCCCACGUCUGGCAUCACAACUGUCAGCAUAUGCAAACUUUAUUUUUCUGUAAACAUUGAUUUGUCUGUUUAUCUGAAGGUAGCAUGCUGAGCACAGCACUAUGGUAUUAGGCAUUUAUUGUUAGAAAAAACCAACACUACUGUCUGUACUGUAUAUGCUUGUAAGUCUAUAGUCAAAGUGUAAGCUCAGUGUUUGGUGAGAAUGCUGUGUUUAGGAGUUGUUGUCAGGCAAUAGCAUUCAUUGAACUUCUUAGGAAUAUAUUAAUACAGGCAUUACAAAUUGUCCGGACAUGUAUCCUGUGUAUUGGGACACACUAAACAUGUCGAAAGAAAAAAAUGUAUUUCACAAUGCGGUGCUUUCCAUGCAAAUAUUAGGUAUUUGAAUUUACCUUAAAAAAGGUAUUCAAUCAUUUACCAAGUUGAACAUUUAUCAUUAUGCCCUUCAUUUUUACAUUACAUAAACAAGGUCUUUCAUGUCCUAUGUUUCCAAAGAAAAUGAAGCUGUAUAGGUGCAGUCCUCAGGAAGAAAAACAAGUACUCUGAGUAGUAGCCUGUUACAGCAGCUCCUCCUCACUGCUGAGUAGUUUAUUUUAUAUUCCCCUAUUUAGCGUGCUUUUAUUUUGUGCUUGCCUUUUUACUUAUGUCGAUCUUCUACUCUUGUCUGCACUGUCCCUUUCCUGUAUGUACAUUACCUCGCUGUGGGACAAAUAAAAGCGUUCUUAUUGUGAUACUCACUGUAGCAUUUACAUGGUAACAUUACAAAGUUCAGAAAAAUAUUUUGUAGAUGUACAGUUGUAAAUAUUUGAUACUGGACCACUGUACAAUACUAUUUUUUGUAUUCUUUAUUUAAAUAUCUUAUUCAUUGUUUUUUAUUUCAAUAAUGUAUUUUAUAUGUUCAAACAACGAUUGUAUCCACAAUGUGAACAAUUGUGAGUAUUUCUUGUCUCAACUGAAUGUGUCUCCCUCUGUUGCUGAAGACGAAGAUUA